UUGUGCAGCCACUGCUUGCUGUUUGGCGCGGUUGUUUGCAGUCGACAACACGAGAUUAAAACACAGAGUUAAAAACUUUUUAAGGAUAACUGCGGGGAGGUUCGUGAUUAUGGAGACUGGCAGGGCCCAAUUUCCAUUUCCCUACCAGCCCUACAACAUUCAGGAGCAGUUUAUGCAAGCCCUGUAUAGUGCACUUGACCAGGGCAAAGUUGGCAUCUUUGAAAGUCCAACUGGAACGGGCAAGUCUCUGAGUCUGAUAUGUGGAGCGCUGAGCUGGCUCACAGACUAUGAGGAGAAGAGGCGACAGGAGGCGGCUUCUUUGCUGCAGGAAGGAGAGGCAUCUCUUUCCACUGCUGCUGCCCAGUCCACCUCCACCUCCAGCUCCUCGGCAGAGCCUGACUGGAUCACUGACUUUGUUCAAAAGAAGGCAGAACGUGAUUUAGUGUCAAAGUUGAAGGAGGAAGAACUGAAAAGAAAGAAGAGGGAAGAACGAUUAGAGUUGAUCAGAAACAACGUUCAACUGAAGUAUGCAAUGAAAAGAAAAAGCUGUGAAGAUGAUGAGGCUUUCAAGUUGCUCCAGCUCAGUAAAGAGGAAAAAACCGAGACGCAAGGAGAUGAAGAAGACGCGGAUCUUGUUGUCGCAGAAUACGAGAGCGAUGACGAGUCAAAGACCAGGAGCAGAUUUUGUGCUGCGGAGGAUGACACAGACGACGAACUGGUUGAAGAACAUGUUGCUAAGAUUUACUACUGCAGUCGCACUCACUCCCAGCUCGCUCAAUUUGUCCAUGAGGUUCAAAAGAGCCCCUUCAGCAAGGACAUCAGUCUGGUCACUCUGGGCUCACGGCAGAAUCUGUGUGUCAAUGAUGAGGUGCGUCACCUGGGCAGCAUCCAGCGCAUUAAUGACCGCUGCAUGGAGAUGCAGAAAAACAAACAUGAGAAGCAGCAUCAGGAAGAGGGUGUAAAGCGUAAGCGAGGCCCAGCAAAGAGUGUGUGUCCCUAUAAUAAAGCUUCAGCACUGCAGCAGAUGAGGGAUGACGUUCUGGGGACGGUCCAUGAUAUAGAGCAGCUGCUGAAGCUCGGCAGAGAAACGCAUUCAUGUCCUUACUACUCCACACGCCUUGCUGUCCCUGCAGCACAGUUGGUGGUGUUGCCCUAUCAGAUGUUGCUUCAUGAAGCUACAAGAAGGGCAGCAGGAGUCCAGCUGAAGGGGCAGGUGGUGAUCAUAGAUGAAGCUCACAAUCUUAGUGACACACUAUCCUGUAUUCACAGUGCCGAGCUCACAGGAGCACAGCUUUGCCGUGCCCACUCUCAGCUCACCCAGUAUUCUGACCGCUAUAAGAGCAGACUGAAGGCAAAGAACCUGAUGUACAUCAAGCAGAUUCUGUUUGUGAUUGAGGGGCUUGUCCGGGUGCUGGGAGGUAAGGUGGGGCAGAAUCCACAGAGCCAGACUACACAAACAGGAACUGAAAUGCUUACCAUUAACAACUUCCUCUUCAAGGCUCAGAUCGACAAUAUCAACUUGUUUAAGCUACAGAGAUACUUUGAGAAGAGCAUGAUCAGCAGAAAGCUGGUUGGCUUUGUGGAGAAGUAUGCAGGAACAGGCGUGAAUCUGCACACACAGAGCAGCUCCAACAAGGAGAACCGACGCACAGAGGGCUUAAACCGCUACCUUCAAACGCUACAGAGCAACCAGGGAUCUGCACCAGUUUCUUCAGCAGACCAGCAGGGGUCUGCAGAGGAGGAGAAAGUGCUGUCUGCAUCUCCCAUGAUGCAGGUGGAGGGUUUUUUCAUGGCCCUCACCAACAGCAACACUGACGGCAGAGUGGUGGUGCACAGACAAGUUACUUUGUCAGAGAGCAGUGUCAAGUUCCUGCUGCUGAAUCCAGCGGUCCACUUUGCCCAGGUGCUGAAGGAGUGCAGAGCAGUCAUCAUCGCAGGAGGGACCAUGCAGCCUGUUUCAGACUUCAAACAAGAGCUGCUGUUUUCUGCCGGAGUGGGAGAGGAGCGCAUCACUGAGUUUUCCUGUGGUCAUGUUAUUCCUCCCGAAAACAUUCUUCCCCUCGUCUUGUGCAGCGGACCGUCUGGUCAGGAGCUGGAUUUUACUUUCCAAAACAGAGACUCUCCACGCAUGAUGGACGAGACGGGGCGUAUUCUCUCCAACAUUUGCAACGUGGUCCCGGGUGGGGUUGUGUGCUUCUUCCCUUCUUAUGAAUACUCGAGGCGGAUCAUUUCUCACUGGGAGGCUAGCGGCGCACUGGCUCGUCUGGCUAACAAGAAGAAGAUCUUCCAGGAACCAAAGAAAGCCAACCAGGUCGAGCAGGUGCUGAGUGAGUUCUCCCGCUGCAUCCAGAGGUGUGCUGUAGACAGUGGUGGGCUCACAGGGGCGUUGCUGUUCUCUGUGGUCGGAGGAAAGAUGAGUGAGGGCAUCAACUUCUCCGAUGACCUGGGAAGAUGUGUGGUGAUGGUGGGAAUGCCAUACCCAAACAUCAAAUCCCCAGAGCUGCAGGAAAAGAUGGCCUAUCUGGACAAACACCUGCCUCACAGUGGAGGGAGGAGCCCUGGCCAAGCACUGAUAGAAAACCUCUGCAUGAAGGCUGUCAAUCAAUCCAUAGGAAGAGCUAUCCGUCACCGUGGCGACUAUUCCUCCAUGGUGCUAUGUGACAGACGUUACGCUCGACCUGCUACGCUCUCUAAACUUCCCACGUGGAUCAAAGAUCGCACCAGCACACACACAACCUUUGGGCCUGCUUUUGCUGCCUUACGGAAGUUCUUCCUGGAGAAGAAGCAGAAGCAGAUGUAGUUCCACUCACACUGAGCUAAACUGACAUUUCCCAAGUAUUCAACUUGACAAGACCAGAGGUUAGGAAGAACUUUGGGAAAACCGAGUGCAACAGCGGCCAUUCUGCAAUUUAAGCAACCCAAGAAACUUAGAAAAUAGAGCAUGUUCUAAUAAAAAGAUACAUAGAUGACCUCUGUAAUAAGUUCUUUAUCACAACAUUGCUGCAGCCCUUUUUGCUGGUUUGUUUACAUUCUUAAAUAUUUUGAAGAUAUCAGACCUCUUGUGUCCUCCCAGCUGGAGUUCAAUCAGGGAGGCAGUUUUCCUGUUCACAGGACAUCAUACUGGCUUUAUUUUACAUUUCAACGUUCAUGUUCUGUCCAUUACUUAUGUUCUGCUACUAUCUCUGGUUUAGAGAAGUGAAGAUGAAUUA